UUUCAGAAUAAAAUUCCCAAUAAAAAACUGCUGUUCAAAAAAAAAAAGUGGGGGAAGGGAAAGCAUGAACCUCGAAUUGGUGAAGCAGUAUCUUGAAGGAGAUAAGAAAGAUGAAGACGAAUCGAAAGUAGCGAAUCUACCACCGAGAUUCAUCGAGAGAUUCGUGGCGAAAGGAAUCAAAGUAGAUCUCAUCGAGCCUGGUCGAAUCGUCUGCUCCAUGAAAGUCCAACCUCAUCUCCUGAACGCAGGCAGUUUCUUACACGGCGGAGCAACGGCGACUCUGGUGGACUUGAUAGGAUCGGCUGCGAUUUUCACAACCGGAGUUUCGAGCUCGGGUGUGUCAGUGGAGAUCAAUGUUUCUUACCUCGAUUCUGCUUUCCUUGACGAGGAGAUAGAGAUUGAGUCCAAGGCUCUGCGUGUGGGUAAAGCUGUAGCAGUUGUGAGUGUUGAGCUGAGGAAGAAGAAGGAUGGUAAGCUUAUAGCUCAAGGUCGCCAUACUAAGUACCUUGCUCCCCGUUCCAAGCUUUGAACCCUUAUUAUACCUUAAACAAAUAUGAAUCGGUUUGUCUUAUCUCACAUCACGAUUAAUAAUGUAUUAAAGUAUGUUCUAUUCUCCUUCUAAUACUGAAAAAGCUAUGUUGAAGAAGUUAAAAAAACGAUUUAAGCAUAAACGUUUGAUAUAAUACUAAA